AUGAGUAGACCAGGAGAAACAGUAGAGGAGACGGAGAGGAGGAUGUUGGAGGAAUUAAGACAAAGCUUGGGACCAUUGCCUGGUGCAAUUGAUACCCCCGAAGGAUCAACUCAAGGCGAUGAUUUCUAUCCACCCCUGCCUUUUGAACCACCUCCCCAACAAACCGGACUACCAGAACCACCAGCGGUGAGGACAGGUUCCGAAGAUUCGGGACAGACCCCACGACCAAGGGAAGGGAACACAGGAGGUAGGCUAAGUUCGGCCGGGAGCGAAGUAGUAGGAGGAACUGAGGAGGAGGUCACAACACAGAAGAUGAUGCUGGCAAUAAUGAACAUGAUGAUGGAGAUGAAUAAGGAUAUGAUAGCAGAGAGGAAGCGUCGAGAGGGGCAGGAGAAGAAGAAGGAACAGGAGACGGUUGGGGGAAUAAUAGAGGGCGUGCAGCCUAAGGGCACGAACGGGGGAAGGGCGAUACCAACGGAUGUAGACGAACUAAAUCGUCGUUGGCCGAGACCCAGUGCUGAUGAGGUUUUAAAGCGUCGAGAGGAAGGGAAGUGUACUGGAUGUGGAGAGAGAGGGCAUUAUAACCAGGAUUGUCCUGUAAUAGCGGCGAAGGUCAAAGCAGGGAUCAUCCCCUUGCGAUCUUUUGGACAAAAUGCUGGAGGAGAAGGGAGAUUUAGCACGGGGGGGAACGCCGUCCCUCUUGGGGACAGGAAGAAGAUCAAUGCUGUCGGAAGGGAGGAAGCAUGUGUUGAAGAGCGGGGGAUGGACGAGGAGGAAAAAGAUGGGGACCCGUCGCGGUAG